GGGGGGGCGGAGCUAGCGUGGCGGCGGCAGCAGCAGUGUGGCCACAGAUUGUCUAAUUAGAUUAGGUGCGGCUUUCCUCAGAUAAUCAUGUAGCAAGCUCCUGUUUUUUCCUGCCGUGGAGAGAAGCCUGCGAGCUCGCUGAAGGACAAACCGCCUCUCUGACCCGCGCGCCGCUUCGAGGACGCCACCGUGUGUGUUGCUCCUGUGCGUGUGUGUGUGUGUGUGUGUACGUAAUGGCCACUUUCAGGAGGCGUGUGUGUGAUGCUCAGAGUACUCAGACCAACGCUAAGACCUGCUGCUCACUAGAGGCCAUGGAGGAAGUUCAUUCACAGAGUCCAGGCCAGACCAGGGCCGCGCCUCGGGCCGACCACUGAGUCCGCGUUCUUCCCGCAAGGCCUGAGUGGCGCACGGAAGGAGACAUGGCCAACAGCUCUUCCCGCGACGCCAAACAUGGCCGCCGCGGCGAGGCCUACCUGGACACGGAGUUCAGCUGCUCGCUGAAGGAGCUGCGCUCGCUCAUGGAGCUGAGAGGGGCCGAGGCCGCCGCCAGGAUCCAGGAGAGCUACGGAGACGUGAACGGACUUUGUGCCAGACUCAGAACCUCCCCAGUUGAAGGUGUGGACGCAACGUGGGAGGACUUGGACAGAAGGAAGCAGGUGUUCGGACAGAACGUCAUCCCCCCCAAAAAGCCAAAAACCUUUGUGCAGUUAGUGUGGGAGGCGCUGCAGGAUGUCACGCUCAUCAUCCUGGAAGUGGCCGCCAUCGUCUCUCUUGGCCUUUCUUUCUACAGACCGCCAGACGUGGACAGACAGAGUUGCGGCAAGGCGGCGGGCGGCGGGGGCGAGGAGGGCGAGGCGGAGGCGGGCUGGAUCGAGGGCGCGGCCAUCUUGCUGUCGGUGGUGUGUGUGGUCCUGGUGACCGCCUUCAAUGACUGGAGCAAAGAGAAACAGUUCCGUGGUCUACAGAAUCGCAUCGAGCAGGAACAGAAGUUCUCCGUGGUCAGGGCGGGUCAGCUGACCCACAUCAACGUGGCCGACAUUGUGGUCGGCGACAUCGCCCAAGUCAAAUACGGUGAUCUGCUCCCCGCUGACGGCAUCCUGAUCCAAGGCAACGACCUGAAGAUCGACGAGAGCUCGCUGACGGGAGAGUCGGAUCACGUGAAGAAGAGUCAGGACAAAGAUCCUAUGUUGCUGUCAGGCACGCACGUGAUGGAGGGCUCGGGCAAGGUGGUGGUGACGGCGGUGGGCGUCAACUCUCAGACGGGCAUCAUCUUUGCCCUGCUGGGCGCCGGCGAGGACGGCGAGGGCGGCGACGAGGACAAGGCUGAGAAGGAGAAGAAGAAGAGGAGCAAAAGGAAAGAGGAGCUCAAGAAGAGGAAGAAAGACAUGAAAGCCAAGGAGAAAAAAGCCAAGAAAGAGAGGAACAAAGACGGUGCCACCGUGGAGAUGCAGCCUCUCAACGAGGACGCAGAGCAUGAGAAGAAGAAGAACAGCCCGAGGAAGAAGGACAAGUCCGUCCUCCAGGGGAAGCUCACCAAGCUGGCUGUGCAGAUCGGCAAAGCAGGUCUCUUCAUGUCGGCGCUCACCGUCCUCAUCCUCAUCACGCGCUUCUUGAUUGACACCUUCUGGAUGCAGGGCAUCCUGUGGACCAGCGACUGCGUGCCCAUCUACAUUCAGUUCCUGGUCAAGUUCUUCAUCAUCGGCGUGACCGUGCUGGUGGUGGCCGUGCCUGAAGGUCUGCCUCUGGCCGUCACUAUCUCCCUGGCCUACUCUGUCAAGAAAAUGAUGAAGGACAACAACCUGGUCCGCCACCUGGACGCCUGCGAGACCAUGGGCAACGCCACCGCCAUCUGCUCGGACAAGACGGGCACGCUGACCAUGAACCGCAUGACGGUGGUCCAGGCCUACAUCGCCGGCUGCUACCACAAGAAGGUGCCCGAGUCCGACCUCAUCCCCGCAAAGGUUCUGGACCUGCUGGUUCUGGGAAUUGGGGUCAACUGCGCCUACACCACCAAGAUUAUGUCCCCCGACAAGGAGGGCGGUCUGCCUCGCCAGGUGGGCAACAAAACCGAGUGUGCCUUACUGGGACUCACCUUGGACCUGCGGCGGGACUACCAGAGCGUCCGCAACGACAUCCCGGAGGAGAAGCUCUUCAAGGUGUACACCUUCAACUCCGUCAGGAAGUCAAUGAGCACCGUGCUGAAGAACCACGACGGCAGCUACCGAAUGUUCAGCAAGGGCGCCUCCGAGAUCCUGCUCAGGAAGUGCUGCCAGAUCCUGAUGGAAAACGGCGCGGCCAAAGCCUUCAAACCUCGCGACAGAGAGACGCUGAUGACGACGGUGAUAGAGCCCAUGGCGUCCGAGGGUCUGAGGACCAUCUGCCUGGCCUACAAGGACUUCACCCCCGCUGACGAGCCCGACUGGGACAACGAGAGCGACGUCCUGGCUGGACUCACCUGUAUCGCCGUGGUUGGCAUCGAGGAUCCCGUACGACCGGAGGUGCCAGACGCCAUCAAGAAGUGUCAGCGCGCGGGCAUCACCGUGCGCAUGGUGACCGGGGACAACAUCAACACGGCGCGGGCCAUCGCCACCAAGUGUGGCAUCCUGCAGCCCGGCGACGACUUCCUGUGUCUGGAGGGCAAGGAGUUCAACCGGCGCAUACGCAACCAGCUGGGAGAGAUCGAACAGGAGCGCAUCGACAAGAUCUGGCCCAAACUGAGAGUCCUCGCCAGGUCGUCUCCCACGGACAAACACACGCUGGUCAAAGGCAUCAUCGACAGCACCGUGUUGGAGCGCAGGCAGGUCGUCGCGGUAACGGGAGACGGCACCAACGACGGCCCCGCCCUGAAGAAAGCGGACGUGGGCUUCGCCAUGGGCAUCGCCGGCACGGACGUGGCGAAGGAGGCGUCCGACAUCAUCCUGACGGACGACAACUUCAGCAGCAUCGUGAAGGCGGUCAUGUGGGGCCGGAACGUCUACGACAGCAUCUCCAAGUUCCUGCAGUUCCAGCUCACCGUCAACGUGGUCGCCGUGGUGGUGGCGUUCACGGGUGCCUGCAUCACGCAGGACUCCCCCCUGAAGGCGGUGCAGAUGCUGUGGGUCAACCUGAUCAUGGACACCUUCGCCUCGCUGGCGCUCGCCACGGAGCCGCCCACCGAGGCGCUGCUGCUCCGCAGCCCGUACGGACGCAACAAGCCGCUCAUCUCGCGCACCAUGAUGAAGAACAUCCUGGGCCACGCCGUCUACCAGCUGACCGUCAUCUUCACGCUGCUCUUUGUGGGUGAGUCUCUGUUGGACAUGGACAGCGGCAGAGACGCGCCGCUGCACGCCCCGCCCUCCGAGCACUACACCGUGGUCUUCAACACCUUCGUCCUCAUGCAGCUCUUCAACGAGCUCAACGCCCGCAAGAUCCACGGCGAGAGGAAUGUCUUCCAGGGCGUCUUCAAGAACCCCAUCUUCUGCUCCAUCGUGCUGGGCACCUUCCUGAUCCAGGUGCUGAUCGUGCAGUUCGGAGGCAAACCUUUCAGCUGCGUGAGUCUGAGCGUGGAACAGUGGCUCUGGUGCGUCCUGCUGGGCUUCGGCAGCCUCCUGUGGGGACAGCUGGUGUCCAGCGUACCCACCAGCUGGCUGAGGUUCCUGAAGACGGCGGGGCACGGCACCAAGCAGGAGGAGAUCCCCGAGGAGGAGCUGGAGGAGAUGAAGGACCAGGAUGAGAUCGACCACGCCGAGAUGGAGCUGAGGCGGGGACAGGUGCUGUGGUGCCGCGGCCUCCAGCGCAUACAGACUCAGAUCCGCGUGGUGAACGCCUUCAGGGACAGCGUGUCCCCGUACGAGAACCUGGAGACCGCCGAGGCCCGCAGCUCCAUCCACAACUUCAUGACGCACCCCGAGUUCCGCAUCGAGGACUCGGAGACUCAGAUCCCGCUCAUCGACGAGCUGGAGGGCGAGGACGACGCGCCCACCAAGCGCAACUCCAUAGCGGUGGCGCCGGCGCCGCCCGUCCACGCCUCGUCGGGCCAGAACAACAGCGCGGCGGAGCACCCCCUGCAGCCGCUCAAGGAUGGCCCCCGGGUGGCCGGUCUGAUCUCCGCCAACUCUGCGGGCCUGCCGCCGUGUCCGGGGAGCCCCCUGCACAGCCUGGAGACGUCGCUGUAAAGGCCCCGCCCCCUUUCACGACCACUUCCUGCGGCAUCCCGGGAUGCGAUGAAACAUUUUAAAGGACACGCCCGGAAGCACUCGCAGCUUCCAUCAUGGCCGCCUCACGAAGACGCUCCCUGGUUACGUUAAUAGGCGAUCAAUGAGCAAUAAUCAGGUGUACAUUCGGUCAAACGUAGAUGUCGAUCGAUCAAUCGACCAGCUGUGACUUUUUGUUUGUAGACUCGUGCACGUUCAUCUUUGAACUUUUGCUUGUAGGUCGUGUUUUCAAAAUGACAAGUCAGAAAAAAGAUAACCAGAACCUUCCAAGAUUAUUUUCAUUUAGUCAUUCAUCAUUAUUGGCAUUUAUACAUACAG